CAAUAUUCCGAUGAUUAGAUAUGGAUGAAUUUAAUUGAUGUUAACUAUGGAGAUUUAUAUUAUUCAAAAUAUAUUUACUAGAUUUUAAAGUCUUCAUUCUACUAAGAAAUAUCAUUCUCCCUAAAAAAAUUCAAUUUAUGAUUGUUACACAUGCAACCAUCCUCAUUAAUUUCUCAGGAUGAUGAAUGUUCGCCAGUGCAUAAUGAUUGUAAAAAUUUAGAAAAUACAAUUAUUCAAAAUGGUCAAAAUUUUCCCAUAAAUUAUUCAUUAUGUAAUGGACACACUCAAAAUAAUGAUGAAGAAUCUAAUUAUAAGCAAUAUAAUCCUGACUGCAAUAAAGAUAUUAAAUCUUGUAUUGCGGCCAUAACACAUAAUUAUAUUUUGCUACCUGGUCAAGAUUCCCACCAAUUACCAUUAUUUAAUUUAUCUGAUUUUAUAGCAAACAAAAUCGAAAAAUCAUUGCUCCAGAAUAAUCAUACAAAUGAACAGGUAACAUAUAAUGAUAGUAAAAAAUUAGCUCUGGAAAACAAUUUUGAGAGUUGCAACUUAAAGAAUUUAAAUAACACAGAAUCUCAUACUAUAAAGAAUAGGACAAGAAUUGAAGAAAUAAAUGUAAUGAACUCCAAAAUUGUUGAGGUUUUACCAAUUAAAAGACAAUUACUAAAUAAUACAAAUAUUAACAACACCAAAUUACCCAUUGCUAAGUCAACUCCUUUAAAUAUAUUUAAUCAAAAUUUAAGGCCACCUACAAAAGUAAUUGCAAAAACUAUUUUCCCAUCCAUAUCAAAAAAUAUAGGAGAUGUAAUUGAGCAUCAGAUUCUUAAGACUGAAUCAUUAGGAUCAAAUGUCAUAUCCUCACACUUGGAACAUAAAGAAAAUCAAAUAUAUAAGACAUCAUCUCUCAAUUUACAUUGUUCAGAAAAAUUAGAUGAAUCAAUUAUUUUGUCAAAAGAUAACGAAACAACAAAAAACUUAUUGAAAUAUCAAAACUUAUUUUCCCCAAUUUCAUAUCAAAAUGAGUGUAAAAUUUCAAAUAAUGAUUCUUUUAUUAAUCACACGAAUGAUGCAACAUCUCAACUAUUGUCUCCACAAAGCAACACAAUUCACAAUAACAUGAAUAAUAGUAUUUCUAACAACUUUACUACAGUCCCUAUAAAUAAUUAUACCAAUAACAAGUUUAAUGUUCUCUCUUUUACUCGGAAAAACCUUAUGACUUCAACACCAAUGCUUCAACCAAUAUCUCAAUUGCAAAAUGAACUUAGUCAAAGUUACAUGGGUGCAAAUUAUGUAAAUAAUGGUGCACGAAUACCUUCACCUGGUAUCAUAGGCUUGAAUGCGAAAGAAUUUCAACAAUUAAUACUGCUUAAUAGUCACCAUCAAUUUCAGAGGCACCAACCUGUGCCUCCCACUCAUUUUAUUAACAAUAUCAUCAACAAUAACAUUAAUAACAAUAAUUCUACUUCAUCGAAUAUUCAUAAAAAUAAUUUAAUAAAUUUUGUUAAUUUAAAUCCUAUUCAAACUAACACCAUCUCUCCUAACUACUGUCCACUAUCACAAUUUAGUUCCUUCUUCCCAUACAAUAAUGUUCCUGUUAGCAACAAAUGUCAAAUAGCCAAAAACAAAACAAUAAAAACUACAGCACAAUUGAAAAAUUUUAACUCAGCGUUUUUAAUGCCAGCUGGCAAUAUAAAUAUCAAUUCUACAAAUCGAAACAUAUCCAUGUGGAAUACACCCAGCAACACCCAGAAUGGGCCUGUUAUGAUAGGUGCUUCAUCAACUAUUCUACAACCAAAUUUUAUAUCAAAUAAGGCUCAAUCUCAUAUUGAAUCAUCCCUCACGAAUGGUAAUAACUGUUCAGUAAAAUCAGAUGCCAAUCACCCAUAUUUUGACUCCUCAAAAUUUUCUUUUAUAUCAGAGAGUUCAGUACAUUCACUGAAUAAUUCUUCUGGGCAAAAUCUACAUUUUACUCCUUUAGACAAAUUAAACCCAAUUCCAUUAAUUAAGCCUGUAUCCCAAACUUCUACAUUAUCGUGCAUGCAUUCAUCUCACAAGGCCCUCUCUUUCCACAAUAACCAAAUGGGGAACAAUCCUACAAAUUUUGCCUUUUCUCCUUUAGCCCCACGUUUAUUACCUUUUGUACCAAAUUCUCAAGGAUAUUCCACUGCUUCUCAAAAUUAUUCUACUUUACCACAUCUCAACUACUCGCAUGGCAACAAUUUAAAUCUGACAUCCCAUUUGAUAUUAUCUCCCUUGGGGCGGAAAAAGCAACCCAGAAAACAGAAUCUAAACUUAGCUGCCUUAAAUAAAAGGUCUGGAUCUGUUGUCGAAAUACAUGAUUCAGAGGAGAGCCCUCUCAUUUUUGACAGCAACAAAAAUUGCUUUGAUACCUUAUACAUUGACGAUAACACUGAUCACAUCGGUAAAAAAUCUUUGGCUCGCAACAACUCACAACAUAGCGGCAAGUACAAUCCGUCUGCUUUCCCCAAAAUCGAUGAUUCGAGGUAUAAAAGAUUUAAAUCUUCUUACGGGGCAGUGAAUAGUUCUUUCAACGAGAUAACCAUGUCCGCAGACUCUAAAGUUAUCAAAAUGACGGGCAAAAAAUAUCGUAAAAACUUACUUUCAAUGACCUCUUCCGAAUCGAUCGAUAGUUUUAACCUCAAACGUGCCAAGGCCGGUCUUAAAUGUUCGGUACAUGAAAAUAUGGAUAAUUUUAUGAUGGGCAAAGGAAUGAGUGCCCCACCACUAGAUUACAAACGCCCCAAGGCCACUAAAAAGAUUAAAUCGGAAUUGUUUAAAAUCGAGCCUACAUCCCCUGGUAUCAAGGCAUCGACUCCCGUCGGGAAGGAACGCGUUAAAACAAUCAAAAACUCUUAUUACAACAGGGUGGUUAAACCCCGUCUGUUGGGAGUAAACGGUAAGGAAAAGGAUAUGUCAAAUGAAUCCCCCAUCAAUCAAAAAAAGAAAAAACGAGGUGAGCUUAUCUACCACGAGGGAAAACCACCUCCACCACUAGCUAAAGAAGAGAAACCUUUGCCCAUCCCCGGCAUCAUGGACUCUUGUUCUUAUUACGACAAUUAUAGAUCGGCAAAUUUCAACUCUAUUCCUUUCAGCCAUUAUAACAAGAAGGACGAUGUACGUUGUAAAGAAUCCAUCAACGUUAAUCUCGGAGCAAAUUCAAUCGGAACCAAUGAUAUUGCCAACUCGCUUAAUGGUCCUGUUAACGUCAGUGACAUGAGCGCUCUCGACAAAGCUUUAGUCAACUAUUUAGCAACUACAAACAACACAUCUUCUGCCUCAAUCGAAAAAAAUGAAAAGGAAACUUGUAAAGAUGAUCCGAUUAAUUCUCCUUACCCAAAUUUCUCAUGGAAAAUACUGUAUCUCGUUUCUCAAUUGGACAAAAUACUUACCGCCAGCAUAAAUCAUCUCAAUUUUUUGAGAACAUACAAAGAAGAUUUGUACUCCCAAAAAAUAUCACUCAAAGUAUCCUCCUCUUACAACAUUUCCAAACCUCGAUCAAAUUGUACACAUAAAAAUUCCUCGCCGCUGACUCUAAAAGUCUUCGAAGGAACCAAAAAAUGUAAUAACGUUUUGAGCGCCAAUCAAAGGCUCGAUUUUGAAUAUUUUCAAUUUUACAUGGAUAAUCCCUUUGACCCGGACAUUCGCUUCUACGAAAAAUUACUGGCUAACCUUCAAAGAUCUCAAUAUUUUGUGAACGAAUUACUCGAAUCCAAAAAAUACCUUAUUCAUUCCCUAAUUACGAGCCACGAAACCUUAGUCAGAGACGGUGUUUCAAAUUUAUACCAUUUCACGAAUAAUUUUAAUAACCUUAACGGUAUCACAAAAAAUAUUUCGUCCCCUACCACUAACCUUCCAUCUCCUAAUCAUUUCUCUUCGCUGAUCAAAAAAUGGAAAAGAUAAAGAAAAAUUAAAUUUGGAAACGUAGUUUUUAAAUGUUCCGUCUUUUCCUUUAAACUCACUCAUUGGAAUGAGUGGGAAUUGUCAUGACAGACAGGUUAUACAUAACAUUAUUUUAAAAAUUAAAUAACGUCAUCCCAUAAAAUGAAUGGUUAUUAAUUAGAUAUUGUUCAUGUAAAGGCAUAUAAAGAAAUGUAGUUUUUUUAAAGAUAUUUUUUUUCUCCCUCUUUUAUUCUUAUUUAUAUGUCCCAUAAUUAUUUUUUUAGUAUUUUAAAAAUGAAUUUUUAAAAAACAGAAAGAAAACUCAUAAUUUAUCAGAUCUUAUUGGAAAUACGAUGAAAAUUAUGUAAUUUAUAAAACAUUAUAA